CACUAUAGGCAGAGAAGGACCAGGUGGAGCUUUGCCCGUGGAAAUCCACUCGGUGCUGGCAUCCAGCUGACCCCACCCCCCACGGCAGCUUCAGACCUCGAAACCCUCUGGAGCCCGACGCUCAUCCUCACCCUCACACCCCCGCUUCCAAACUUACUCCCAAGUUUAAACCCUCGGAGUUUUCCGCAACAUCAAACCACCUACCCGCCCCCCGCUCCCCUCCCCCGUCCCUUCGGCUUACACUCUGCCGUGAUGGCCAAGAGCCGCUCUCCGGACAAGAAAUCCAGAAGCAGGACCAAGUUCGUAGAGUAUGUAGGUUCCUUUACAGUGGAGGAUCAAGAUCUUGAUGAGAAGACAUGGCGGAUCCAUCAGCAGCUUCAUAUUCUGAAGAAUUUUCGUCGAAAAAUGGCAGUAAUACUGAAAUUCUCAUCACAAGGAAUAAAGAUGUAUAAUGAAAAUAAAGAGACGCUGUUGAUGGCUCAUGCCCUGAGGAGGAUCUUAUACACAACGUGUCAACCGGCGGACUGUCAGUUUGCAUUUGUCACACGUAACCCCUACAGACCACCGUGUGAGCUCUUCUGCCAUCUGUUUGUCACCACGCAGCCAAAUGAGGCAACCAUUCUGAAUUUGCAGCUGUGCCGGUUGUUCCAGGUUGCUUCCUGUACAAAAUACAGGAGAGAGCAACAGAGCAGUGUAUCUGCCACUCACCAUCCUAAUCAGGAAACUCACCCAGUACCAAGUUCUCCAGUACCAACUGUUUCUACAAGAUGUGCGAGAGAGCACUAUGGAGAGAUGGAGGUUUCCUUGAAUGUCAGUGCCCUGGUGUCCUUCAAGAGACCAUCACGACAAGAGGGAAUCAGACCAUCAGAAGAACUGGAUACUGAGGAAACCAUUAAAAGUGAAAACUAUGGGUGCUGCACCAGUAAAACAGCUGCACCUGAUUCCACAAGUGGUUUUAAGACCCAGUCAAAAGAAUUGGAUCCAUUUGAAAAAUCACUCGAAGACUGUUCAUUCUCUUCACUAACGUUAGUGCGAAAGAAAGCCAUACGCAACAAAGGGAUCAGGUCAGGAGCUUACAGGAGUUCUACCUUCAAAAGACAAUUUCAGCAAGCACUAGCAGAUGGCUACAGUUGCAGCUUGGGGGAUGAACUCAUGGAAUCCUGGAGAACACUAGCUCCACUGCAGCAUGAAGAAGUAUUAAUGGACACAGUCUGGGCCAGUGCUGGGAUGCCCAGGGAUUACGCCACGGCACUUUUAAAGCAUGAUGUUAUGGGAGCUUUUUUACUAUGGGUGAAUCCUGGCCCCCUGCAGUGCUGGACACUGAUGAUGCGGACCCCUUUUGGCGUGAUAAACUAUCUGAUCUGUAAAAAUGAUGAAGGCAAAUAUUAUCUGCAGCAACUCAACACAUUAAUGUUUUCCAGCAUAAAAGCCUUGGUAGAUCAUUACACAGCAAAUGAAGAUGGUCUCUUUUGUUGUCUGAGUGUUUCAAGGGUAAAUCACUGCUAUGAAGAACAAGAUUCUACAGAAUGCUAUGGCUUGGACCCAGUUCAAAUCAAACCCGAGGACAGGCAGAUCGCUUCAGAUUAGUGAAGUGGAAUUUCCAAGAACUGAAAAGGUUGCUUCUUGCAGGUCAUAACGAGAGACUAGCUGCAAGUUGUGAUGUGCAUUGUGAUUUAGGAAAAUUAAAUGCAACAAACUUGAAUCACAGGUUCAGUGACAUCAGACACUACUGCAGUUGCCUGACAGUCUUAUUGUUGUGGGAGUUGACUCACAUUGUACAAUUGCAUGACUCAGAAGUUGUAAUAAUAUCUUGUGACUCAAACAAGAUAUUCAUGUCUUCCGCAUGAAGGUUUCUUCAAUCUUGUCAAAAGCAGACCAAGCUAAUAUUUGGUGAGUUGCGAUUUGAUACAAAUCAUUCUGUUUUAUUUCACAGUAAAUUAAUAUACGGACCAACAGUUGUGAUUAGAAUAGAAUUGUUCAACUAUCUUUGCAUAAUGUUGCAAAAUAGAAACAUUCUUCCCCAUCAAUGUGAAGCUUUUAGUUACCAAAAGAGCUUCCAUCCUCCAGCAUUUUAAUCUCAUUUCCUCAGUUAACAAACCUGACUACCUUUCUAUCUAAAAGAAAGCCCAUCUUUCUGUGUGCUUGUUUCUCUUUGUUUGUGAAGAGGACGAUGUAAAAAGAGGGUCAGAGCUUUCAAACGCAGUUAAGGUGUCCUUUGAUUAGUCAGACACGCUAACAAAUUGCUUGUUUAGUCUCAAUUUAGCAUGUGGAUAACCUUUCAUCUAGUGCCUUUUUAAAUAAUUCAUGAUAAUGCACAUUGCUUUCAAAAACAGUAUUCAAAAUAACUUAUUUUCAAAUCCUUUCUGUGGAAAUAUUGUCAAAAAUACUAAAAUCUGCUAGCAAUGUAUUGCAAGCCUUGCAAGAAUAAUUGUUAAGUGAAAGAUAGAACUCAUGUAAGGGGCAGUGCAAAAGGAUAUGGGUUUAUAAGAAUGUUUUGAGGGAUUAGACAAUGCAAGAGUUAAAUCACCUUAGGCUUUUCUCUAAAGCUACUGUUCUGCAAAAAUGCGCUUUGGAUUGUCAGCUGACUUCAGGCAGAGGUAGUGUCCUAAGUGGCCUUGUUAUUGCAUAAAUUAAUUAUUAUUGCUAGGAGAGGGUGAGACUUAAGAACAGGGUGAGACUUAAAACUGACUACAGCCUUAUCUCUUUCUGUGGGAAUGUGCAAACUUUAGCACAUUGCUGAAAUAUAAUCAUAUAUAAUAUUUGUUUACUGCUUUUCAGCAUUAAGUUUUGCUAGACUACAGUUUAAUAAUAAGAUUGCUAGUCUAUAGAUUUAUUACUGUGGAUUUAUUUCUCAUCUGUUGGUAUCAAGGAAAAGGAUGUUACAAACUAGAUUUCAUAUACAGUUAGAACUUUUAUUUGUGAGGUCCUGGGUUACAUCAUCAAAAAUGAAAACAGAAAAUAAGUACUGAAAAAAACCUGCGCUUAGGCUAAAAAACAGAUAAGGUCCAAGGCCAGUACCUGAACUUGCUGUGUCAAUGGUUCAGUAGAUUUCUCCACAGUUUUGUUUUUUGGAGUAUAUCCUAGCGAGUUGGGAUUUUUUCAAGGUAGAAAAACCAGGAUGUACUCCAGACAGUUAUAGAUGGGCAUAUAAGAAUAUGGGGGACAGGUCACAACUUCUACCCAAAGGCUAAUCACGGAUAAUAUGUGUUUUAAUUGUACUUUGCAAACUGCUCAAAUAUUGUACUGUAUUAAAUCUCACAUGUUUAAAUAAAAAUCGUAACUGUUAACUAAUGUAGACAUAGCUUUGAACCAUUGAACAAACAGUUCAAAAGACUUUAAAUUUAUUACAGGUGACUAGCUUUAACAAGCAUGGAUGUUUACAACAAGAACCAGAGUUGUCCUUAAAGAUUGUAAACACAGUGGAAUUUGAAAAAUCUCUGAUCCCUACCUUGCAGGUAGAGGUACUGUUUUGCAGCUUGACGCAGAUUAUGGCACCAACCAUGAUCUCUUCUGCUUCUGUCUGUGUGAAAAAAUUCCAAUUAAUUACUGUAUUAGAAAUGUCCUUGUUUAAUUUAAUAUGGUUAUCUUGAAAUCAUAUGGUAUUACAGUUAAACUUUCAAAUAGGGUGAAGCUGGCACAAGGCAAUAAGUAAUCUUAACAAGUUUGCCUUUGUUUCAUUAAAAUCAUGAUGGUAAUGUAAGGUCAUUUUUAUUAUGUGAUAUUAAGCAAUUGGUUUAUGUUCUGUUCAUUUGUAUUACAUAUAAUUCCUAACCUAAAUACAAAUGUUAAAUACAAAGUAAGUAUAAAAUUGUUCCAGUUAUGCAUUUUUAAAAAUGUGGUCUUAAAGAUUCAGGUUCUCGUGGACCAAUUCACUCUCACUAUAUUUCUUUGUCUUAUCAUCUCACAGAAACAAAACAAAUCCGACUAGCAUAUCUAAAUCACUAUAUUGUGCUUUUUGACUUUGAAUGUACAUUCUCGUGUUACAACUGUAUUUUUUUAUUUUUUUAAGUUGUUGAUGUUUUAAUACCAUUCAUUACAGAAAAUCCAUAAUAAAGAGCAUGUGAACAGUGA